AUGGCUGCAAAUCUUUCCCUUUGGAUUAUCACUAUAGUUUUUUGCUCACAUUUGGUUACAUUUUCUUCUUGUCAACCAAGUGGUUUUUCACUAGCUGUUGCAACUUUUUAUACAGAUUCUGGAAGUGGUGGAGCGUGUGGGCUAGAAGAUGACGUGGCAAGAUCUCCUUACAAUUCUAUGAUCACGGCAGGGAAUCAAGCUCUUUUUAAGCAAGGUGUUGGAUGUGGUGCAUGCUAUCAGGUGUUUUGCAACCAAACCCAGAAUUCACAUUGUUCAGGAAAUCCGAUAACAGUAACGCUUACUGAUGAGUGUCCUGGAACAUGCAAUGAUGAUCCAGUUCACUUUGAUUUAAGUGGAAUAGCAUUCGCAAAAUUGGCAAAAUCUGGUGAAGAAGGAGAACUACAUAAAGCAGGAAGAAUUCCCAUUUUUUUUAAAAGGGUACCAUGCAAUUACAACAGAAAUAUAUUGUUCAAGGUAGAUAAAGGAUCGAACCCUAAUUUUUUCGCGGUUGUAUCUGAAGCAGUAGACGGCGAUGGUGAUCUAUCUUUAGUUGAAAUACAAACAGGAGGGACGAAUACAUGGAAAUCUAUGAAUAGAAUGAUUGGAUCAACUUGGAGUGUUGGCAUAGAACCAAAUACACAAAAACCUCCAUUUUCUCUAAAACUUACUUCUGGAACAAAGCAAACUGUCACUGCCCUAAAUGUCAUUCCAGAUGGUUGGCAACCAACUAAAGUUUACGAUUCAAAUGUUAAUUUUCCCACUAAAUUAUAG